GCCACUGCUGUGCCGCCGGGCCGCGGAGCGAGGCGGCGGCGGCGGCGGCUGAAGCGGCGCCACAGCAGCCGCGGCGAACAGCGGCGGCCUCGGAGGAAGAGGGUCGCCGCCCGGGGCUCUGGUGACCGCGGCUCUCUCGUCGUCGCAGUAUUUCCUGUCUGGAUUAUCUUUUGCUUCUCCCCAGCUGCCUCCUUCCCCUCACACUCCCACUCCCUCCCACUCCUCCGCGUCCUCGCUGGAAGCUGCCCUCGGCCCGGGCUCGUCCCCCCUCCACGCCGGGGGACGCUCCUUACCUCCCCUCCCGGGCUGCGGGGGAACCCCGCCGAGACCAUGAGGAAAUUCAACAUCAGGAAGGUGCUGGACGGCCUGACCGCGGGCUCGUCCUCGGCCUCGCAGCAGCAGCAGCAGCAGCACCCGCCUGGGAACCGGGAGCCCGAGAUCCAGGAAACGCUCCAGUCCGAGCACUUCCAGCUUUGCAAGACUGUUCGCCAUGGAUUCCCCUAUCAACCCUCAGCCCUGGCUUUUGAUCCUGUACAGAAGAUCCUGGCAGUGGGAACUCAGACUGGUGCUUUAAGGCUCUUUGGACGUCCAGGAGUAGAAUGUUAUUGCCAACAUGACAGUGGAGCUGCAGUGAUCCAGCUCCAGUUCCUGAUUAAUGAGGGAGCUCUUGUGAGUGCCUUGGCUGAUGACACCUUACAUUUAUGGAAUUUACGUCAAAAGAGACCUGCCAUACUACAUUCACUUAAAUUUUGCAGAGAAAGGAUUACCUUUUGCCAUCUGCCUUUCCAGAGUAAGUGGCUCUAUGUGGGCACUGAACGAGGUAAUAUACAUAUCGUCAAUGUGGAGUCCUUCACACUCUCAGGCUACGUCAUUAUGUGGAAUAAAGCCAUUGAACUGUCAUCUAAAUCUCACCCAGGACCUGUUGUUCAUAUAAGUGAUAAUCCAAUGGAUGAAGGAAAGCUUUUGAUUGGCUUUGAAUCUGGAACAGUAGUGUUAUGGGACCUCAAAUCAAAGAAAGCCGACUACAGAUACACGUACGAUGAGGCUAUCCACUCUGUUGCUUGGCAUCAUGAAGGAAAACAAUUUAUUUGCAGCCAUUCAGAUGGCACCUUGACUAUAUGGAAUGUGAGGUCCCCUGCUAAGCCUGUACAGACGAUAACUCCACAUGGAAAACAGUUAAAGGAUGGGAAGAAGCCAGAACCAUGCAAACCUAUCCUCAAGGUGGAAUUCAAAACGACUAGAUCUGGGGAACCUUUUAUUAUUUUAUCAGGAGGUUUGUCAUAUGAUACUGUAGGAAGAAGACCUUGCUUAACAGUUAUGCAUGGGAAAAGUACUGCAGUGCUAGAAAUGGACUAUUCAAUUGUUGACUUUCUGACGCUGUGUGAAACACCAUACCCAAAUGAUUUUCAAGAACCAUAUGCUGUGGUUGUUCUCCUAGAAAAGGAUUUAGUACUUAUAGACCUUGCACAAAAUGGAUAUCCUAUAUUUGAAAAUCCUUACCCUUUGAGUAUACAUGAAUCUCCUGUUACGUGUUGCGAAUAUUUUGCUGAUUGUCCUGUGGAUCUUAUUCCUGCACUUUAUUCUGUUGGAGUUAGACAGAAACGUCAAGGUUACAGCAAAAAGGAAUGGCCCAUUAAUGGAGGUAAUUGGGGCUUGGGUGCUCAAAGCUACUCAGAAAUAAUUAUUACAGGGCAUGCUGAUGGGUCAAUUAAGUUCUGGGAUGCUUCUGCAAUAACUCUACAAGUAUUAUAUAAACUAAAGACGUCUAAAGUAUUUGAAAAGUCAAGAAAUAAAGAUGACAAGCCAAACACAGACAUUGUAGAUGAAGAUCCAUAUGCCAUUCAGAUCAUCUCCUGGUGUCCAGAAAGUAGAAUGCUGUGCAUAGCUGGAGUUUCAGCUCAUGUCAUCAUUUAUAGAUUCAGCAAACAAGAAGUGAUUACAGAAGUCAUUCCGAUGCUUGAAGUACGGUUGUUAUACGAGAUAAAUGAUGUGGAAUCCCCAGAGUGUGAACAGGCACCACCUUUGCCAACCCCAGUGGGGAGUGCCAAUCCUCAGCCCAUUCCUCCUCAGUCUCAUCCUUCUACCAGUAGCAGUUCAUCUGAUGGCCUUCGUGAUAAUGUCCCCUGUUUAAAAGUUAAAAAUUCGCCACUUAAGCAGUCUCCAGGUUAUCAGACAGAAUUAGUUAUUCAGUUGGUGUGGGUGGGCGGAGAACCACCCCAACAAAUAACCAGCCUGGCAAUUAAUUCUUCCUAUGGAUUGGUAGUUUUUGGCAAUUGUAAUGGCAUUGCGAUGGUUGACUAUCUCCAGAAAGCAGUCCUCCUCAACCUGGGCACUAUUGAACUAUAUGGCUCCAAUGAUCCUUAUCGGAGAGAACCCCGAUCUCCUCGUAAAUCUCGACAACCUUCAGGAGCAGGUCUCUGCGAUAUUAGUGAAGGGACUGUAGUCCCAGAGGACCGCUGCAAAUCUCCGACUUCUGGUUCUUCAUCACCACACAAUUCAGAUGAUGAACAAAAAAUGAAUAAUUUUAUAGAAAAGGUGAAAAUCAAAAGCAGAAAGUUUUCCAAGAUGGUAGCCAGUGAUAUAGCGAAGAUGUCCCGGAAGUUAAGCUUGCCUACUGACCUAAAGCCUGAUUUAGAUAUAAAAGAUAAUUCCUUCAGCCGAUCACGGAGUUCAAGUGUAACCAGCAUUGAUAAAGAAUCCCGAGAAGCCAUCUCUGCUCUUCAUUUCUGUGAAACUUUUACUCGAAAGGCGGAUUCAUCCCCUUCCCCAUGUCUGUGGGUUGGCACUACGUUGGGAACAGUGCUCGUCAUUGCACUGAACCUUCCCCCGGGAGGAGAGCAGAGGCUUCUUCAGCCAGUAAUUGUGUCUCCAAGUGGUACUAUCUUGAGGUUAAAAGGGGCGAUCCUGAGAAUGGCAUUCCUGGAUUCCACAGGCUGCCUAGUGCCACCUGCCUAUGAAUCCUGGAAAGAACACAAUGUUCCUGAAGAAAAGGAUGAAAAGGAGAAAUUGAAAAAACGAAGACCCGUCUCUGUAUCCCCCUCCUCAUCUCAGGAAAUUAGUGAGAACCAGUAUGCAGUGAUAUGUUCUGAAAAGCAAGCUAAAGUAAUUUCACUGCCAUCUCAGAACUGCGCUUUUAAGCAAAACAUUACAGAAACCUCAUUUGUGCUUCGUGGAGAUAUUGUUUCAUUGAGUAAUGGUAUCUGCCUUGCCUGCUUCUGUGCCAACGGACAUAUUAUGACUUUUAGUUUGCCAAGUUUAAGGCCUCUAUUGGAUGUAUAUUACUUGCCCCUUACCAAUAUGCGGAUAGCCAGAACGUUCUGCUUCACCAACAAUGGACAAGCAUUAUAUCUUGUUUCACCUACAGAAAUCCAGAGACUCACCUACAGUCAAGAGACCUGUGAAAAUCUUCAGGAAAUGUUGGGUGAACUCUUCACUCCUGUAGAGACACCUGAAGCACCAAACAGGGGAUUCUUUAAAGGCUUGUUUGGAGGUGGUGCACAAUCUCUUGAUAGAGAAGAACUAUUUGGAGAAUCAUCCUCAGGAAAGGCUUCAAGGAGUCUUGCCCAGCAUAUCCCUGGCCCUGGUGGCAUUGAAGGUGUGAAAGGAGCGGCAUCUGGAGUUGUUGGUGAAUUGGCACGGGCCAGGUUGGCACUAGAUGAAAGAGGGCAGAAACUUGGUGACCUGGAAGAAAGAACCGCAGCUAUGUUAUCCAGUGCAGAUUCAUUUUCCAAACAUGCUCACGAGAUGAUGUUGAAAUACAAAGAUAAGAAGUGGUACCAGUUCUGACAACCAGAAAUCCAACCAGGUUCAGCUUCAGCCAGAAGGAAAAGGAAUUUUCCUUUUUUAGUUUCUUGAUUUCACUUUAGGAAAGUUAACCUUAAGGGGAUGUUCAUCACUGGAUACUCUUCUUUCCUAGCACAACCAUGCACUGUUUUACCUCGGUCGUGUGGCUUUGCUGAGGGCUGUUCACAUGCACUCCAGGUGGAGUAUAUGGUGGAAGCCAGCCAUGACUUGACAUUCUGGGAGCAAAGAUGAUCACUUGUUUCAAGUAGAAAAACAGAGGGAUGUUGAGGAGACAAGGCAGGGACUCUUCCUGGAUCAUUCCUGUGUUAAACUUUGAUACGCCAAAAGAUCCUGUGCUGUUGUAUCUGCCAUCAGUGUUUGACCUCUUUGAGGGAGAGGCACUAAGUCAGAAGUCCUGAAGCUGAAAUAGUUAUAUUUGUGUCAUUGACUGAAUCCAAAACUGCUGUCUUGGACUUCUUCCCUCCCUUCAACUGACUGGUCAUCAGUAUCAUUAGUGAAAAAGAAACAAACUGUUUGUUACCAUAUCUUUAGACAGAUAAGCUGAAUGGUGGGCUUUAAAUAAUAAAAACAUACACAUAGUUGACUUGUGUAUGUGUUACUCUUGGAUUCUUGUUAUUGUAUACUUGUGUUUAGUCCAUAUUUUGUCAAAAGCAAAACAAGGCGAUACAUCACUUUUCAUUGAAAAGAAAAGUGUAGAGCAUGACUGAACUGCUCAUCAUUCUGGGAGUUUCCAUGUAGUGGCUAUGCAGUGUGGAAAGUAAGAAGAACCUCCAUUGUGGUGAGGAGAAUACUUCAAUGUCCCUUGUCCUUGUUCUCAUUAAUUCAGCUGAAGGUUGGUUUGACCAAAAGAGUUACUGGUUAAAUUUAUAGAAAUGUUGAAAUUGGCUAAGUUUUUAAUUUUGCUUGAAUUUUUAUAAAAUGUUUAACCCAAUGUACCUUUGCAUCAUUUAAUUAAAAUUGCUUAAAAAAUGUUUCAUUAUUUUGAAAAAUGCUCAGCUCCCUUUUUAAAAUGCCCUUUAUUUGCUAACAGUUCCGGUAAACUCAGGUGAUGAGCCGAUUAAAUCUUAGUGCACAUGCUGUCGCAUGGAAAUAAAUCAUAAGCAUCCAUUGUCAACAAUUAUCUAUGUAAGAGUCUAGUCUGAUGACCUACAAAAUAUUUUCUGUAGAAAUAUACUAUAAAUCUGUAUAUUCCUUUCAAGGCUUUAAAAAGCCAAAAGGAUAGGAAGAUAUGUACACUUUGGCAACUAAAUUAUUUCUAUAUCGGGGUUUAAAGCAAAUGAGACCAUCAGUGGGCAAUAAAUAAUUGGUUCCUAGAAUAGCAUGCAGACAGAAAAGGGGAGAUUUGGUAGACAUGGUUUAUAAGCCCAACUCUGCAGGCUCAUCUGAGAUUAUUACUGAUAAAGCAACAAAGGAAGAAUAAUAUAGAAGCAUUAUACUUAACAAAAUUUAAAUAUUUUCUUCUACAAAAAAUUGUUUAAAACAGUUUUGUCCUUAAGAGGUAACCAGAGCACAAAGAGAUAGCAAACACAAUGGUUGUUUCUCUAUCCCAUACGAUCAUUAAAGGUAUAUGUAGAACACCUUAAUUUCACAGUCUGUUAUGCAUUUUUCCUCUUUACUCUUCAUUAACAAAGUUCUUAUGUUUACAUUUUAUAAUGUGCACUAUGGGAUAUGAAAGUUUACAUUAAAAUUUAAAUGUCAUUAGGGAGGGAUUAACUAUAUGUGAUAUUGAUGAAGCCAAAAGAAAUAUUUUAAAAGAGUCAUUUUCAAAAGUUUUUGAAUUUGUAGAAAGUACCUAUGAAUAACAUUUCUGUUUGGUUCAUGUUAGCUAUAUGAUGAACAUUUAGCAGUUUACAGAUUGCUUAAUUUGUAUCAUACAUUAUCUAAUAAAUCCAUUGUUCCAUGAUGUGUCACGGAAGUAUGAGGCCAUUUUUUAAAAGUACAGUUUUGUGAAUAUCAUCAAUAAAAUCAGUAGUUACGGAUCUGAAGUUGAGAAGCACUAAGUAAUAUAUACUGGUUGAUUCCCCAUUCAUGUGUAAGAGCAUAUUAGCUCCAGUUAUUUAAGUUGCUGUGUUAUUUUGUGUUCAUUGUGUAUCAACUUAAUUUUCUAUCAACUGUCAUUUUUCCCGUUGUAUAUAAAAUGAACCAAUCUUGUAAUUAUUUUCAAAUAGAGAAGUAGAUACAUUUACCUGAGAUGGAUUUUAUAAGAAAAACCUUAAAUCAAUAUUUCAAGCUAUUUUAUUUCAUUUUUAAAUUAAUCUACAGAUUAUGCAUAGCAAAGUAGAAACGUAGGAUUAGAAAGCUUGAAGUAUUUUUGAAAAUAGGAAAUAAGCUUCUUGGAGUUAUAGUUGACUCAGUCUGUAGGUAAGAGACAGUCUGCAGUAAUAACUAACCCAGGGAAUUUACCGUAAUUUGAGAGGUAACAUCUCUAUUUUUUUUCUAACGCAAAAAGUUAUAGUCACCAGCAAGCCAAGAUUUCAGGAAAAACCAAAAAAAAAUUAAAAUAGAAAAUAUUAGAAAAAUGAAAGGUUUUUGUGUGCUUUCUCCAUAUCCUCAAAACAUUAUUCUUUGUUCCAUUUGUCCUUGGCUCUAAAAAUCAUUGAAGUAUUCAUUGAUUAGCGUUUUGUCAAUAGGAAGUAGUUUCCCACUAUGUAACCACGUAUCUGGUUCAUUUCACACUUCAAGCUAAAAAUCCUUAUGUAUUUGCUUAGAAGUUUAUUUGAAAUCUUAUAGUCUAACAACUUCUGUAAUAUUACAUCUGUUUGAAGUUUUGCAUCAUCUUAAUUCCCUUGGUUUGCAUUUCAGUUGUAUAAAGUGUUUCUAAAAAUGGUUAUAGUUAUAACUGAGUUAUUAACUAACUUCUUAAUUUUGAUUUUUAUGGAUGUGAAAAAUGCUGCUAAUUGUCUAUGUUAUGUGUAGUAUAUUACAAUUUAAUUAAGUACAGUACUUUAAAGAAAGAAGCCUUUCUUUUGCUUAGAACUUAAUUGUAGGUUUUUCUGAAGUUAUUUCAUGUAGAUAUGUGUUUUAAACAAGUCUGAAAGUGUUACAUACUUUUAGGUUAUAGGGGCUGGUGAGAAGACAGCUGAGGACAGGAAAAACAUGUAAAAGACUCCAUGGAGUUCAAAGUUUUACCCUGAGUUCCAUAUUCCAUAUAUGUUUUUGCUUAAGGCAUUUUCUCAUGUGACAUUAGAAGAGCUAUAUCCAAAGGAAAAUUUUUUGUGGCAAAGAUUUAUUUUACAUUUUAACUUUUGGGGUUUUGUUUAUUUGUUUUUGCAGAAUAAAGAGCACUGAACUUUAAACUUGAAUUUUUUCUGCACUUUUUUAGGUAAUGAAAACUUUUUAUUAUCAUUUGAUCCACAUUUCUCCAUUCAAAUCAAGUGACAUAUAUGUAUAAAACUUACCAAAAUCAUGAAUAUGCUGCUAGCUGCACCUUAAACAAACUGGUCAUAGUUUUAAAACCUUCAGUAGGGUUUUAUAUAGUUUUCAAGGAUUAAAAAAUUAGUAAAAUCAUUUGCUGUUCGUUUCAGUGUUCUAGGUCUUAAAUUAUUGCAACACUUUCAGAUUUGUUUUAAGAUCAUACAAUAACAUGUUAUAUUUAUACAUACUGCUAAAGAAUAUACUUUUAGUUUUAAAAUGGAAUUUUUAUAAAUGUACUCUUUAAUUUUAAAAAUGGUGAACUUGUUAAGUUUUAAGUCAAAGUACUUAAAAAGUAUGUAUAUUAUCCAUACAAAAGUUAUGUUUUACGCUUAUAAUAAGAAAUAUGGUAUCUCAUAUCGAGAUACAGUUAAUUUUAAACAAUCAUACAUCACUCGAAAGUCUUCACACAUGACAGGAAAGUUAUCAUUACUAUGGCUUAAAAAGAAACCCUCUAUUAAGCAUUUUUCAAAUAUUAAUUUUAUUUUGAGGAAAAUUCCCACACCAAUAAUUGCAAGAUCUUUCUCAUUAGCUGCAGCUUUGCUGUUGGAUGCCUACCUUACCUAUUGUUUUUAAAUAUAUACAUAUAUAUAUAUUUAAAAUAGUUUUCCAGGUAUUUUCUUCUACCUUUUUUAAAAAUAAAUUUCCAAAAAUGAAAACCGAGUUUAUGUAUUUUUGUCAACGAAGGUUUUUAUUUUGUAGUUUAUAGAAUUUGUUCCUUAUCAGUUUGAUACUUGAUCAAUAUUCCUAGGCUUUUUAAUCUGUAUUUACUUUGAAAAAGAGCACUUCUCUAUCUUAAGUGUCCUCCUUUUUUCUUUUCCCUUCUAGGGUGUUUGCUCUCUUGAAUUGAAGUCUAUGCCCAUAAUUUUUUUUUUUCAUUUGAAAAUGAAUGUGAAGUACUGUUUACAGCUUUUGUUAAUUAUACUUUUCAUCACUCUGAUCAAUUUCUUGUAAAGUGCUAUGGGAAUUCUUUUUCCUAUGAAUAUUAAUGAUCUUACUACUACCGCAGAAGUUCUAAAGGUUCUGUGGACAGAAAAUAGUUGUAACAACAACAGCAACCACAAAAAUUAAAGGUAAAACUUUAGCUUAUGUUUCUCAGCUGAAUUACAUGGUUUUAAUAACUUCCCAGUUAUCAGGGUUGUAACAUUGCUUUCUUCAGUUACUACCACAGUCUUAAAUUAUUAGGCACAAAUCAUUUACAAAUUGAGAACAGUAGUCCAGGGCUACAUGUAAUUUCUUUUUAUUUACAUCAGAAAAAUCAUGAAUGUCAGUUUUGCCAGUAUUUCACAAUGAGGCUCAUAGUUUAAAAUUUUAUAGUGUAUGAGUUGUAAAUAAAUCAGUAUUAAUUUAUUAUAGAUUGUUUGGCUCAGGCAUUUAAAAUGGAUAUAGGCUAAUGGCCAUGGAAUCCUAUUUUUUUUUUAAGACUUUUGCAAUGUGUUGUUUAAAUUUUGCUUCAACUGAAGACAAUGUAAGGAGUUGAAAACAUAUUUAGCAUAUCAACAGAAAGCAAUGUAAAGAGGGUAAAUCAUGUUUUAAAUUUUUAAUUUUUUUUUUUUUUUUGUAAAUAAAUGGUACUGUGAUCCUUUAGGUGUGACCUCUGCUUAACAUGGUAUUUAGCACCAGAAAAACAUUUUGCUUUCUAGUUAUACUGUUGGUUCAUUGUAAAUGCAACACCAAAAACAAUAUUUAAAAGAGCAAGAUUAAGUUUUCUAACACUGUCCACUUCAGGGGCAAGCAUGCUUGGUAUAGAGCUUGAGCUUGUAUACAACUUAAACUGUACAUGCAGGUAGUUUUCAGUUGCUGCACUUUUUUUUUUUUUUUUUUCCAGAUCUUGCUCCAUCCAGUAACUAUCUCAAAGGUGAUUGCUGGAAUAUGCGUUUUAAAUAUGAUUUAAAAACCCAUCUCUGUACUGUUUCCUUUAAAACAAACAAAAAAGCACUAUCGCAAACACAAACGUGUUAAAAUUUAUAGUUAUUUUGCAUUCCUGUACUUUACAGACUGUCAUCACAGCAAAGGUUUAAAAUUAGGUAAUGAAAUAUUUUUGUAAAUAAAUACCGUUAAGCUGGUAUUUUAAAAAAAAUGUAUUAUAAAUUAAUGUUUCUGGAAAAUGUUCAUAUAUAUGUAUAUGAAUGUCUCUUUAUGCUGAAGGGCUCUGAUUGGGCAAAAUAAAAUACUCUAAUCUCUCCUGAAA